CAACCUGAGGAGCAACCAGAGGAGCAACCUGAGGAGCAACCUGAGGAGCAACCAGAGGAGCAACCUGAGGAGCAACCUGAGGAGCAACCAGAGGAGCAACCAGAGCAGCAACCUGAGGAGCAACCAGAGCAGCAACCUGAGAAGCAAACUGAGGAGCAACCACAGCAGCAACCUGAGGAGCAACCUGAGGAGCAACCUGAGAAUCAACCUGAGGAGCAACCUGAGGAGCAACCUGAGAAUCAACCUGAGGAGCAACCUGAGGAGCAACCAGAGCAGCAACCUGAGGAGCAACCAGAGGAGCAACCAGAGGAGCAACCAGAGCAGCAACCAGAGCAGUAACCUGAGGAGCAAUGUAAGGAGCAACCUGAAGAGCAACCAGAGGAGCAACCUGAGGAGCAACCUGAGGAGCAAUGUAAGGAGCAACCUGAAGAGCAACCAGAGGAGCAACCUGAGGAGCAACCUGAGGAGCAAUGUAAGGAGCAACCUGAAGAGCAACCAGAGGAGCAACCAGAGCAGCAACCUGAGAAGCAACCUGAGGAGCAACCUGAGAAUCAACCUGAGGAGCAACCUGAGGAGCAACCUGAGAAUCAACCUGAGGAGCAAC